AUGGAACAAGCAGGGGUUGACCUGAUUGAGUACGGCAGGAAGGAGAGCGGAAUAUGGCAAUUGGAAUCUCGGCUGGCGGACAUGGCGUUCUGGUACGGUAAAACACCCUCGGACUGGACACUGAAGACCCAGAUUGUCGACCUUGAAGAGUGGCCCGACGAAGUCAGACCAGAGGCCAUGCCGGGUGACUUCCCAAAUGAUUCGUACAGACCAACGACGAUCUUCUGGGAUCCUCAGAUGUUCGAGCAUGUCUGGGGCUCUUGGCGUAAGGUCAGUGAAAUCGAAGUCAUGUGGCACCUCCACCCUAGUGCGCAAGAGCAAGAAGACCAGGCUUGGAAGCAUGAGCUCGAUAUCUCGCGACUACUUUUAGCCGCUCAAGAUGAUGCCUUUCAGGCUGUAUUUCGCCGCGACCUCCGGCUACCUGGGCACAGCGCGCGACGGUGCAGGCGGUCCAGCAUGCCGAACAGACUAACCGCGGCUUUACGAUAUGCAUUUAUUUUGGGCGGCUGGACAUAUCACAAAUGCAUAGUGCCCGGACGUCGACGCGCUGACCUUUUUCAUCCGCGCGGCGGGUACUCUGACUGUUUCGCCGAGCACAUGGAGCGUCCACAGGAGAUUCCGGAUGCCAUCGAUGGCAUCGUGAACGGCUUUCGCAUGGAUCGCCUUGCUGGUACUCUGACUCUUGCUCCUAGGUUUCGAUCAAGUCACAAGCCAUUAGCGAACGGAUUAAGCAUGGGGUACUCGUUGCUCUGCUAG